AUGGGCAAGAAGUCGAGAGCGGCGAAGCUGGGCACACCUGACGCUUGGUUCUCUCGGGCGAACAAGUUUCGAGAAGGGUGGUUGUGGGGCGAGUCACGGCCGCCUACACAGUACACCCCUCUUUUCGGCUUCGGCUCCGGGUGCUUUAACGCCGGACGCCGUCGCGGAGGCAAGGAGCGGGGAUCCGGCACGUGGACGGUACGGAGCCGUCUUGUAACGAGUCGGACCACGCGGCCACUGCUCGACUCGAGCUCGUCCGUAACCGGUCGCAGGAUACUGCACGGUCGCCCGAGUGGCAACUCCGCUGGAUAUUACACCGAUAUUGGCCCUGCUGCGAGAGGAGGGGGCGCGGGGCGACACAUCUUCGGAAGCCAAGUCACACGCCCAUACCGGGUUCGAGCAAGGAAGAAAAGACUUGAGGAGGAGGAGGCGACGCCCGAUGUCCAUGGAUCCUACCACAGAGCGCAAUUACUAUUCGACAGCGGCGGCGCGGUGACGCAACCUGCCGCUAGGGCAAACCCGGCAUCCCGCCCCGAACGAGACACAGCAACCCCGUUCGGAUGGAGUUCGGUACCCCGCCCAUGA